AUGCUCAGCUCCGACAAGAUGGACGACGACAACCGGACGGCAACAAAGACACCCUCAACGUACGACCCGCCAACCGAAAGUCCUAGAGAGACCGAGACGCAGGGUAACCAGCCUGAGGACCCAGUAAAAAACGAGGGAGACGAACCUAGCCAGGAUACGAACCAGAACUUGUACAUGGAGUCCUACGACGACGAGGAUCUGUCCGACUAUGUCGCAUCGCGGGUACAAUCCUCUAGAAACAUGGAAGGGAGGAAGGUUAUUCAUUUAGAGACCCCCUACGCUGCUGUCGUGCGCCGAGAGCAAUUUUUCUUGUCGCAAAAAGAUGAUUUCAAUAGGCCACAAAACAUGCCGCGGCAAAAGAUGACGCCUGCUCGGCAGAUGCGACAAUUUCUGGAGAUAGAUGAACAGCGUGUUACAGAACAAGGCUCGACAUACAGAUCUCACAGCUCCUGGAUGCAAAAAGGUGCGACAGUCCUGUACGUGGCGCUUAAGAUCACCAUGUUCCUGUUGGCUGUCGGCAUGACCUUCAGCAUCGGCUACGUCGGGCUGGUCAUCCAGAACGAGGAUGCUUACCUCAUCACGGUGCUGCUCACCUUUGCUGCCACUAACCUGAUCGCACACCCCAUCUUCAUCUUCAUCAUCGUCAUCCUGACCGAGGACGAGAAAACUUUGUGUCGAACAGAGGGAGAUUAUAGGUGGAAGAGGUGUUUGGAAGAGUUGGUCGUCUGCUUCAAGAUGUGUGCCCUGGGGAUGACCCGCAUCAGGAAGUCUGUGUGUAGGGUGGAGCUCUCCACGGAGAGGAGGGAAAUAAUAUGGUUACGUCACGUCUCCUUCAACCUUAAGAAUAACAAAGAGAACUUGCUGGCCGUGAAGGUGGCGGCCAAGCAAGGCUCCAAGUACUUCUUGUUUCUCAUCACCAUCGUCAUCAUCAUGGUCGUCAUCAACAUACAGAGCGGCAACGUCUCGCAGCGGUACCGGCAAACGGGAUUUUUCCGGAAGCUUCUGCACGUGGGGCGGGCGGAGUUUGAUUUAAAACAGGGCAUCACAAUGGAAGAGUUCUGGAAACAUCUUCGCCAAAACAUGCACCUGACCACCUACUGGUCGCUGGUCAAUACCAACACGACGGCCAGUUUAAACGCGGUCUCGAACAUUCGUCUUCGCCAGGUGCGAGUUCAGCCGUAUGCAGGUGAUUGCGCCAAGGACUUUCCUAUGAAACCUUUCGCCCGUUGUCACUUUAGAAUUGAGGACUCCGUAGUUGAUACACGCAACUACGCUCUGGCAUGGGACCACGUGACCUCUAGAAAGGUCAGCCCUGGACCAUACACAUACAGCGAUUCAGAGGGGUUCGAAACUGUGAGGCACACAUACCCGGGCGGAGGCUACAAUUCCCUGUUCUCCGUACGCGACAAGCGACCGGAGAUGAUCGACUUUCUGCGGGACCACGAGUGGGUGGACGAGCACACGAGGGCGGUGGCGGUGGAGUUCGCCAUCUUUAACGCCGACACCAAUCAGCUGACCUCUGUCCUGCACGUGUACGAGUUCACUGAAGUUGGAAUCUUCCAGGACACGCCCGUCUUCUACACCUUCCCCCUCUUCUUCGACAAGCAGUCCUCCAUCAUCCUGAGAGCCUUCCUGGUGGCCCUCAUGUUCCUCACACUUUACUACUUGUCCACGGAAAUCACGGAGCUCUACCACUUCGGGUGUGCGGAAUACUUUAGCUCCUUCACUGCAUGUCUCACCUUCCUAGAGCGGAUUAUCUCCAUCAUUGCCAUCUACCUGUUCAUCAGACAAUACAUCCUGCAGAAUGACAUGAUCAAGCACGUACAGAACAUCUACUUCAACCAGCUGGACAACUUUGUGUUUGUCGAGUUCAACAAGCUCUCUGACAUUUCCUUCAAGAUCACCCUCACGUGUAGCGCCAUGGCCAUCCUUAUGUUUAUCAAAGUGCUCAUGCAAAGCAAUAACAUUCCUGCAUUAGCCGACUUCCUGAUGCUACUGCCUCCUACAGCUAAAAUCACCUACCUGCCUGUGUUCGUUAUAAUCUGCUUCUCUGUUUUGGCCUCGCUGGUAUUCACAGAGUUUUCGGAAUUCUCUACGGUCAAGGCCGCGUUUUUAAACGUCACAGGCCUCCUCCUAAACCAGGGCCUUAUGCCUAAGAUCGUUCGAGCCUACCGGUUGAUAGGCCAGAUAUACCUGUGUACCACCUUCGCGUUUUUGAACUUCAUCAUCGUUAACUAUUACAUCAUGAUAUUGACUGAACACUACGCAGAAAUCUGCAUUCUCAACCAAUAUUUGUAUAAAGGAAAGAAGGAGAGCUUAAUAGAGACGAUAGGUAAAUGGAUUCAUGACGCGUCCAUGAAAAAGAAAUUGUUGAAAGACGAGGCGAAGGAGGACGAAGUGGAACGACAAAAGCAGGUGGAUGUCAAAAAACAACAACAGCUUAACGCGAUAUACGGCGAAGAGGACAAGGAUUGGAUAAGACUUUGUAUUCCCAAUACAGAAUGA